AUUGAUGAAAGGAUAUAGUAAGUAUAAAUAGAGUACUAGAUCCAUCAAGUGGGUGCUAUGAUGAAAGCACAAACACAAACCCACAUCAACCAAAAGAGAAGGAGAGAGAAACAGAAAAAAAUGGAGAGCUGGUGGGCGGCGGCUAUACUGGGUUUUAUAAUUCUGUUGUUGAUGUACAUACUUGGACGGUCCAGAUUUUAUGAUCAUAAGAUGGAAAUCAUGAAGGAAAAUAAUGGUGCUGAUCAUAAUGAUUAUGAUGAGAAGAUGAAGAAGAAGAAGUCAAAAAGUAGUAGGAGUAGGGUUCCAAAAGGAUGUUCAGGUUGGCCUUUUAUUGGAGAAACUCUUGAUUUCAUCGCCUCCUCUUACACUUCUAAGCCUGUCACUUUCAUGCACAAACGCAAAGACAUGUAUGGAAAAGUAUUCAGAACACAUUUACUAGGCAAAGAAGUAAUAGUAUCAACUGAUCCAGAAAUAAACAAGGUGGUGUUACAAAAUCAUGGGACUAUUUUCAUUCCAUCCUAUCCAAAAUCCAUAACUGAAUUAUUUGGUGCAAACUCUAUUCUUAGAAUGAAUGGAGCUUCUCAUAAGAGACUACACGCCUCCAUUGGACGAUUUUUAAAGUCUCCUGAAUUAAAAGCCCAAAUUACCACUGAUAUUCUUCAUUCUAUUAACUUGUCUUUCCAAAAUUGGAAACAUGGACAUCUUGUUUAUAUCCAAGAUCAAACUAAUCAGAUAACAUUUGAGAUAUUGGUGAAAGUAUUAAUGGGCAUGGAGGCUGGUGAAGAAAUGGAGCUUUUCAAGAAAGAAUACAAAGAGUUUAUCAAAGGCUUGGUUUGUUUACCAAUCAAGCUCCCUGGUACACAACUUUACAAAUCCUUAAAGGCUAAAGAGAGGCUGAAAAAGAUGAUAAGAAAGAUAAUAGAUGAAAGAUUAACGAACAAAGCACAUGGAAAGAGCAAUGAUGCAAUAGACGUACUGUUACGUGACAUACAUGACAGAAGUGAGGUUGAUCAAUGUCUACCGUUGGAUGUCAUUGCCGGAAAUAUUAUUGAGAUGAUGGUCCCUGGUGAGGACUCUGUGCCAAUGGUCAUGACCCUAGCUGUCAAAUACCUAAGUGACAACCCUGUGGCUUUAAAACAACUUGUGGAUGAAAACAUGGAUUUGAAGAUGCAAAAGGCUGAUACUGGAAACUCUUAUGAUUGGACCGACUACAUGUCUUUGACGUUCACCCAAAACGUAAUUAGUGAAACUCUAAGACUCGCGAAUAUCAUUAAUGCAAUUUGGAGACAAGCCACCCAAGACGUUGAAAUCAAAGGUUAUUUGAUACCCAAAGGAUGGUGUGUACUUGCAUCCUUAACAUCAAUUCACAUGGAUGAACAAAAUUAUGACAACCCUUAUCAAUUUAAUCCUUGGAGAUGGGAGAAAAAAGGAAUAGUUGCAAGUAGUUUUAUGUUUGCACCAUUUGGUGGUGGACAGAGAUUGUGCCCUGGUCUUGAAUUUGCAAGGCUGGAAAUCUCAAUAUUUCUUCAUCAUCUUGUCACUACUUACAGAUGGAUUGCGGAGAAAGACGAAAUAGUAUACUUCCCAACUGUGAAGAUGAAGAAAAAACUUCCAAUCUUAGUCACACCAAUAUCACUUUCAGAUUCAUAUUCAUGAUCAAUCAUUGUGAUUAUAGUAGUAGUAGGUAUACAACAUAUCAUGCAUCAGAUUGAGCCCACACAACCAAACAAGCUCUAUCCUCAAUCAUAUAUUUUUUAAGAUUGGAUCGGAUCAGAUUAAAUCAGAUUAGGAUGUAACAUAUCCCACAUUUUUGGGCCCAUGCAUAAAAUCUACACUACUAACUCCUUGUAUUGCAUGCAUGUGAGAUGGUGUCUACUAGUAUCAAUCAAUUCACACCAACUUCUCAUUCAUUAUUAGAAAUCAUUUUGGUCUCUUCUACUAGUACUUCCUGAUUUUUUUAAUUUUAGUACUAUUAAUUAAUUAUAUUAUCGAUAUAUGUUAAAUUAGGUUGGAUUUAUUUUGAAUGUCAACAUAUUGUCAGAAAAACACAAAGUGUAUACACUUUGUAAGCCAAGAAGAUGCAAUCCUAAAACCAUAUGACGAUGGAAAGAAGAACUCCAAUAACUUAUAAAGUGUUUACACUAUUUCUAAUUUAUCGAUGUGGGAUAAAUCAUCCCAACAAUAUACUUAAAAAUCAUGAUUGACUUAGUCUAACGGUUAAGGAUUUUUCUUUUUAUUCUUACCAUAAUAUAAGGUUUUGAUUCUGGUCAACUAAAUAUAGAUUUAUCACCUUUUUCUUACCUAAGGUUUUAUAAGAAUUCUCUAGCCUAUUCCUAAAUCUAUAGCAAUUGAAAAUCAUGUAACUCUCAGAAGUAAUAUAUAAAUAUGAGCUUGAAAAGUUCGACUUAAACUCAAAUAGAUAUUGAAUUUCCGAAACUCACAACUUGAAUGAUCAUGGCUUGAACUCGACUCAGCUCGCAUCAUUAUCACCUUUGCAUGUAGGUUGUGUUUUUAUAUACUAGCGUGUUUACGAAAUAUUAU